AUGUUACGCGCCAGUCGCCCUCUAUUCCAAGUCCUUAAACGAACGACGGGCAUUGCAGGCCUCAGCGUGCACCCGGACCCCCUCCCGCAGCUAGCAAAAACAUACGAAUCAACCCUCUCCGCGCUAGCAGCCAUUCCGCCAACCUCCGUCUAUCGUCAGGGCGUUGAGGCACUUACGCAGCGCAAGCUAAAGAUUGUGCAGGAUGCUCAGGGGGACAUAGCUGCGGUCGAGAAACAGCUAGAUGAGGGGCAAAUAGAGGAAUCACUAGACAUUGCGUCGGAUGAGCUCAAACUCGCUGCUCAGAUGGCUGACUGGAAAGCCUGGGAGCCAUUGGAGGAGAAGCCUCCGCAGGGACAAUGGGAAUACUUUGGACAGGAAUCCACCGCGUCCACAUAA